CUCUAAUGAUCUAGAUGUAAAAAAAUCAAAAUCUUAAGGGUGGUGAACAAAAAAUAAAAUCUUAAAAUAUAUUAAAGCGCUUUUAGAAAAGUGCCUCUGCCACGUACGCCUUUAAGCACAGCCCGCAAUUCUCGGACUUUAAUAUUUUUAUUAACUUUUAAACUUUUAAUGGCUGCAAUUGGUAGGCGGUGGUUAUCCAUUUUUUUCGUUCAAUUUUUCAGACGUGUUUUUUUUAUUAAGAAUGGGGUGUAUGUUCUUUUUCUAAAGUUGGAUGUACUUUUUAUUCUACCAAAAACUCUGCCUCAUGGAUUGAAUUCAGAUAUAAGUAUAACAAAAUCCCUUUCCUUUAGAAAAGAGUAUAUCAACGAUAAAGUAUCUUAACCAUAAAAACAUAGCAAAAUUUCAUUUCAAAUGAAUAAAAAUUAAUACAUUUAUCAGAAUUUCAAUUUAAAUUAAUUUAAUACAAUUUAAAUUAAUUUUCAAAUGACAUUUAGUUUAUACUCACCUAAAUUCAAAAUAUAUAUGUUGGGCAUGCGACUCGGACCUAGACGCGCCAGAGGAACGCACCAACGCUACCCCAAAUGUGCCAAACCCUGCGGGACGCGAUGCGACCGAAGACUCCCAGCGCGAAGAUCCCAGAGCGGUUCAGCGCGAAGCCCUUGAGCGUGACGUUGUGAAGGCAGACUAGCGCGAAGAUCUCGAACGCGACACAGGCUACGCGCACGCGGAAGGAUCAAGGCGUUAACCAGACCAAAGAGCCGCAGAAAGCGUCGUCUCGCUUCCCGAGGAGUAGUCACAUCAGAACCCUAAGCACAGUCAUAGGUAGGCCUCUGACAUGUCCUAGGUAUAAGCAUGGUCUAAAUCCCUGACAUGUCAGUGGUCAUGUCAUUGUCCCCACAUGUAACUCAACCACUCACCCACCACCAUGUAGCCUAUAAAUAGGGCAUUUACUCCGGUGGGUGAGAGGAUGAGAUUUUUCGGACUCUAUCUCUAGAAUCAUCGACUUCUCUCUCUAAAAUAUUUCUCUCUCAAUUCUCUUUGUAAUCUCCUCAGUUCUUCCAUCGACGAUUAUUCCCUCAUUGCUUACUCUCCUUGACCCAUUUUUUCGAGCCUCCCUCCUACACCCAGUUAGGCUCAAACAAUUGGCGCCCACCGUGGGGUCAAGUAGAGAAGCAAGAAAAACCGACCUAUGGCAAAGCAUAACUCCAACUCACCUGACAAAUCAACCCCCAUCAAAGCGAUGACCAACCCAAAAGAAUUCGCGGAAGCUAGCAAUCUCAACGUAGUGCUCCUGGAAGAGGAAGAGCCCGAGCUCACAGCCAAGGAAAUGAGACAGCUGAUGGCGAAGCAGAACGACAUCAUAGCUAACAUGCAGAAACAAAUGAGCCAGGUCAUAGCGCUCAUGAUGAGCAAAGAGGCCGCGGCAACAGCUGGCGCGACACCAUCCGCGCCCCAACAAGUCCCAGGAGAAGCGUCGGGGACUGCCCUACCACCGCACCCCGCGCACGAAACGCAACAAGUCGAGCUCACAGUAUGCGCGACACCAGUCGCGCCCCAACAAGCCCCAGGAGAAACGUCGGGGACGGUCCCACCACCGCACCCCGCGUACGAAACACAACAAGCUGAGCUGCCAGGAAGGGCGGACCUCAGUUUUCUGGAGCAACACCUGUCUCCGCAAUACCGACUCAACCCACCCAAGAGGGCGCUCCACCAGCCGCUAAGCCCGGAAAUCAUGGCGGAACACCUGAGCAGAAUGCCACCCGCCCUCCCAACAUACAACGGGACGACUGAUCCCGAAGACCACGUGAGCACCUUCUGCCUGCGGAUGCAGCUCCAAACCAACUCCAACGCGGCGCUAUGCCGAACCUUCCCAUCAACAUUCUCCGGGAUAUGCCUAGACUGGUAUAACAGGCUCCCGAACGGGAUCAUCCGCUCAUUUGAGGAGUUCAUACUCCUAUUCACGACGAAGUUUGCAUCCCAAAAAAGAAGGCCCCUCCACCUCAAGGCGCUAGUAGACCUCAGGCAAAAGGACGGGGAAAGCCUACGAUCAUUUUACGCCAGAUGGUCCAGGGUGGCGAUGGCAGUGCGUGACCUUACCCCCGAAACCGCCGCUCAUCACCUGAUGGAAGCCACCACCAACAUGGAACUCAAGCGGGAGCUAGCAAAGAGGCCCGUAAUUCUAUCAACGGAGUUGGAGAUGAAGAUUGAGAAGGCAAUUACGCUGGAAGAAACCCUCGGAGCGGGAUCUGUUAGGCGCUUCGAGCCAGCCAAAUUGCCACGAGAAGAGCAGGGACGUCGGCAGCUCACGCUGCCGCGAGAUCAGCUAGCGCAGCUGCACAGCGGGCAAAAGCGCCAUCCCCCUCCCCCACAAGAGCAAGCCCAGCGAGGAAGAUCGCCAGACAGGCGCGCACCCCACGCUUUUACACCGCUCAAUAGGGGUGAACAAACACACCCGCAAACCGACCCACCCGUCCAACCCGACCCAACCCACCCGUAUUUAUCGCUAAAACGAAGGUUUUGGGUUGGGUGAAGGUUUUCUUUUGUACAACCCGCCUCUUUUGGGUUGGGUUUGGAUUUUGGAUUACACAACCCGUAGAACCCGACCCAACCCGUGUUCCAACUAUUAGUAUGAGUUCGUAUCUAAAAAAUAUUUGUGUCGUAUAUAGCAAUACUUAUGAGAAAAUUAAGAUAUUUCGCCAUGUUUUUCUAUCAUGGUCUCCCUAAUCUAAUGCAUUCUUCGACUUAAAGUUUAGACAUAAAUUGAGUGUAGUUAUGAUUCACGUAAUCCUUUUUCUUGUGUACAAUUUUAAUAGAAUAACAUAUUAUGG